CAAAACUACUUCCCCAACAAGUAAACCAAAAACCCUACCAUUUUUUUCUUAACCAAAAAAUCUCUGUUUCUACAUUGUGAAAUUAAAAAAAAAAAUUGUUUUUUGGGUUGAUUUAGAAGUGAAUUAUUGAUGGAUUACAAGUAUAAAUCAGUUGAUGAACCACUUACUCAUCCGAUGAGUUAUACACAACAUCAGUCUUCAACUCUUACUUACUUUACUCAACAAGCCAUGCGAGUUUCAGCUGGCUAUGUGGCGCCUCAUUUUGAAAACAAGCUUGGUCAUAUCCCACACCAACCCGCCAAUAUGCAUGAGGCAAUUAGAAGAGAGAUGGAGAAGGAGCGCAUUAGAGAGGAGAUUAUUGCAGAAGAGAUGGCGCGAAGACGCAUGCUAGAGUUUGAAGUAAGAAGAGAACUGAUGAUGGAAAGACAACUAACAAAGCUGAGUGCAGAAGGAUUUUCUCCCUUUUCUUCAUCUGUAAUGAGUUUUUCUCCCACACUUCCACACUUGAAGCAACAGAGUGAUGUAAGGUCCAUAGAGGAAAGAAUUGCUAGGUCACUUGAGGACAGGAUGGGAAGGGGAAUAUCAGUCUCUGGAUUGGGUGCAAGAAAUGAGAUUGGGGGAUUAGGUAUAGUCCCAUUUGAGGAGCGGAUUUCAGAGAUUCCUUUUCAUCAGCGUAGUGUGGAACCAAAAAUGUCUGCUUUGAAGCCUGUUUCCUAUAGUGCGGACCCAGUGAUUUCUGAAUUGCAGCCCUCUUCGGAGCCUAGCAAAGAGAAACACAAAAUCAUCUUGCUGGCUAAGCCUAACACAAGUCUCUCUGGAGCAAAACGGAAAGCUGUCACGCCACAAGUGGAGGUUGCCAGCAAGACCCCAUCAUGCAGUGUUCUAAAGAAAAAUGGUAAAGAGGACUGGAGUUGUGCACUUUGCCAAGUAAGCGCGACAAGUGAACGUGGUCUGAAUGAUCACCUCCAAGGAAAGAAACACAAGUCCAAGGAAGCUGGUUUGCGAGCACAGAGGAAUGGGAAGAACUAUAAUAUUGGUCUUUGCCCAAAGAAACCUAAAACUAUCAACCUUUUGGAAGCCAACGAAAAUCUGAACAUGGAGCAAGUGGUAAAACCAAAAGCUGAAAUGGUGCCUGAUAAUAAAUCAGGGGAAGGAUCAUCUCUGGUAAUUUCGGAGAAAGAAAAUGCAAAGGACGAUGGCUUGAAGAAAAGUGCAAAUGCGGCCCCAAAAAAGCCGAAGACUAGUAAGAAGAAAAAGUACAAAUUUUGGUGUGCGACAUGUAAAAUAGGGGCUUUGUCAGAGGUGUCGAUGGAGGCACAUAGGAUUGGGAAGAAGCAUAUGGCUCGCCUCCAGGAGCUCAAUGGCAGCAGCGUUGCUACUUCAGCCGCUAAGGUUGAGAGCACUCAAACUGUUAACGAAGCAGUAAAAGAUGUCGAAGAAGCAACCACUAAGGUUGAGAGCACUCGAACUGUUAUUGAAGCAAUUAAAGAUGUCGAAGAAACUGAAGUGAUGGAUGAUGUGGGUGCGACUGUUGAUAAUAUUAACCCCGAAGAACAGGAAGAAGUGUUCACCACUGACGAUAUCUGAGUUCAGUCUUUUUCGGGAUUAUCAUAUUUAUUUUUAUGUAGAGAU